AUGGAAAUCCCGCAGUCGAGCAACCUGAACCGAGCAAAGCACCCUUCGCUGAGGCCGCGGAGACUCCAAGCACUGCUGCUGCCGAAGAUAAAUCGAAAGGUAUUACUGCCGAAGAUAAAUCGAAAGGCGCAGGAGGUCGCGGAGGGGUUGGACAACGGUGCCGACCAAGGUGGGAGUGCCUGUACCACUGCCAUCAUGGAAGAGACGGACGGGAUGGUGCCGGCGAAGAGACCGAAGACGGUGGAAGAUCCUCGAGGUGAUGGCGUGCUUGAACCCGAGAGGGAAGAACAGGUUGCCGGUUCGAGCAUCGUGGAGACGAGGGAAACAAAGGACACUAGUGCCACGAGCAAGGGGGAGGGAGGGAAGGAGGAGGGAGGGAAGGAGGAGGGAGGGAAGGAGGAGGGUGAUGAGGUGAUGGAACAUGGGGAGCGGAUGGAAAACCGAGUCCAAGAUGACGAUGAUGCUGAUCACCGCAGUACCGACAGCCGGGGGUCGAGCGGUCGUGAUACGAGCACCGCAUCCUCCACCGAUGCCGGCGCGGACGGGCGCGGGCGUGAUCGGUACGAGUCCGUCGACGGCGAGGCGUUGCUGGGUAAGCUGUUGGACGAAGACGCGCCGUCGGCCGCGUUUGAAGACGACCACCAGAAGCUGCUGCACAAGCUCAUGCGGGUUCGGGACGACGAGUACGUGAGUGACGUACCCGAUUUCACUCAAGAACGUGCACGUAUUUCGGACGAACUUUAUGGCAGCGAUGCUGGUGGAGGCGAAAUACUACUUGGGAAUCUUGUUGUCUCAUGGAUUCACACGUUGUUUGGAGGCUCGUAG